AUGAAACUUCUCUACAUAUGUGACACACGCUUUUCCACCUUCAACUCGAGGGAGAAAAAAUACUUGUUCAAAUAUUGGGCCUACUCCUUGCAGGAUUUGCUCAGUAACAGCAGUCAGAGGGACAUUCGCCUGUGGCUUGUGUGCAUAAACCUGAUUGAUUACAUCGACGUGCUAACCUUCUCUGACCCAUUCGACUACGAAAAUGUGAAAAGGGCAUUGGAAAAUAUAUCUCCUCAUUUUUAUUUAAGUGAAAAGAAUUCCAGACAUGGCAACGAUAUGGCAGUGGAUCCACUGAUAGCUUUUUUGAGGAACAGUGAAAACAGGGCAGCAAUUAAGGAGUGCAACAAAGUCGCCAUUUUAUCCUGCAACAUUCACCUAUGGGAGGAUAAAGUUCCCGAACUGAAACUUUUCGCGGAUGCAUUUCGUACCAGCGUGUGUAAAUUUUAUCUCUUCAAUGGUUAUAUAGCUGUGCACCCAAGGAAGGAGUUUACCCUCCUUGGGAAAAAUAAGGGGGCAGACGAGCAAGUACACAAAAGCGCUUCAGACGAAAAGAACAAACUACCUCAGCUGAGCCGUGCGUUGGAAGAGUACCCAAACUUUUUCGUCAAAAAUGUGCUAUUGAAUAAAAUAAAUAUUUUGCAAACGUCCAAGGAUAUACUAUCCAUCACCUUUGUCGUUUCGUUCACCCUGAGUUUACAAAACGAGCUCGUACUGAAGUGUGAAGGAAGACCCCUGGUGGCAGAAGUGGGACACUCUGCCUUCAUCGGGCUCAGUAAAUUCCCCGUUGUGUUUGACAUACGGGCCAAGGCGCUAAAGGAGGGAAUCUCACAGCACUUGAUAUAUGGGAUACCCAUAUUUUUAAGCGACAUUCCUGGGGGUGGGGGAAAUUUAGUUUCGUUGGAACGCUUAUCGAGGGAGCUCCACGAAAAUGAACAAGUUAUCAUCCUGAGAUCGAACAUAAACCCGACGGAUUUAAAGACGCACGAAAAAGAGGUUCGCUUCUUAUGGGUUGGGACUCCAAUGACAAAGGCGGAGACGUCAGUGGCCCUAUGUUUGCACGGAUUAGCUACCCAAGAAACGUAUUCCCUAUCGAUCGAAGAAUUUUACAAAGAACAAAUUGAAGAAAAAAAUGAGCACCUCUCAGACGCAAAGAUAAAGGACAUAUUUAACUUUUUAAUUUUGGUGGACGAAUUUAACCCCUUGGACUACAGCAAUGAGCGGUUUCAGUAUUCCUUCAAGUACGUUCGUGAUUCGUUGAUGCCUCUCCCGCCUAAGGAUGUUCUUUCAAAGAAAAGGGAUAGAAAAAAAAAAACGACUCUCGUAAAAUAUGCUGCGCUAGAUGGUGCCCCUAAUAGUGCAGAGAACGCCAUGCCGCUUGGUGGUCGUGGAAAUCUGCCCACUCGAAAGAAUAACCAGUCGACCAAGGGAAGGGCAAUCCUGGACCCUCGAUCGCUACUCCUAGCCAACAUGAAUAAGGCUUUCCAAAAGAACAUCAUAUAG